GCAGACCGAGCUGAGCUGCCUGCAGAGGCUGAAGCUCCAAAACCUCUCCAAGCUUUUGCUUCUACACACCUCCGUCUGCCGUCCUAUUUUUUUUUUAGGUGUUCUUUUUCAGUUAAAUUUUUUAAAUUAAUAUCAUUACCAUUUGCAUUAAAAUCCGUGUCCAUCCACAAAAUGACGCGUGGCCCGUUGACGGGGUUGCUGGUUGCGCUGUGCGUAAGCAGCGCGGUCCACUGCGCCCCGAAGAAGAGCAAAAGACAGACGGAUCAGUAUCAGGUGUAUCCAGACCCGUAUGACGCGUCCGCGCUCUCUCCAGACAGCUGUGAGGAGAAUGGUAACACUUACACACGGAACCAGCAGUGGGAGAAACCUUACCGUGGAAGCACAUUGGUUUGCACCUGCCAUGGAGCUGCAGGGGUCAAGUGCAAAACAAAGCCUGAAGCGGACCAGACCUGCUACGACAAGGACAAUGCCCGGACAUACCGGGUGGGAGAAAUCUACGAGAGACCAAAGGACGGGUUGAUGUGGGACUGCACAUGCGUUAGCUCUGGGAAAAUCAGCUGCACCAUAGCAUACCGCUGCCAUGAUAGUGGCAGGUCUUAUAAAAUCGGGGAGACUUGGCAGAAGCCACAUGAGAGCGGUGAAUACAUGCUGGAGUGUGUUUGUCUCGGGAACAACAAGGGAGAAUGGACAUGCAAACCUGUGGCUGAAAAGUGCUUUGAUAGCUACGCCUCAUCAUCGUAUCUGGUUGGCGAGACCUGGGAAAGACCAUACCAAGGCUGGAUGAUGCUGGAUUGCACCUGCCUUGGAGAAGGAAAUGGGCGUAUCAGCUGCACCUCAAGGAAUCGUUGCAAUGACCCACAAACCAGGAGGUCUUUUCGGAUUGGAGACACUUGGACAAAGACUGACCCCAGGGGGAACGCCAUGCAGUGCGUGUGCUUGGGUAACGGCAGAGGAGAAUCGAGUUGUCAAGGACAGAGCACAGGACGAGGCGCUGGUGUAACCCACGCUCUGCUGCAUCAUCAUGUGCCCACCACUGAAGGGACCUGCCGCACAGACUCUGGUUCCUCGUACUUUGACGGGCACCGCUGGAUCAGAAGCCAGGGCAGCAAGCAGAUGUUGUGUACAUGUCUGGGCAAUGGAGUCAGCUGUCAGGAAUGGGAGGCCAGGAACCAGGCGUACGGUGGCAAUUCUAAUGGCCAGCCAUGUGUUUUCCCAUUUGUCUUCAUGGGAAAGACGUACUACUCUUGCACUUCAGAUGGACGCACUGACGGGCAGCUCUGGUGCUCCACAACGUCCGACUAUGAGAGAGAUCAGCGGUAUUCCUUCUGUACAGAAAAACUUGCCGUCGUGGUGACGCAAGGCGGGAACUCCAACGGUGCCCUUUGCCACUUCCCAUACCUCUACAGCGGUCGCAACUACACAGACUGUACCACCGAUGGCCGCCGUGAUGGCAUGCGAUGGUGCGGUACCACCUACAACUAUGACGUGGACCAGCGUUUUGGAUUUUGCCCCAUGGCUGCCCAUGAGGAGGUCUGCACCACCAACGAUGGAGUGAUGCAUCGUGUCGGAGACAAGUGGGACAAACGGCAUGACGUCAUGGGUCACAUGAUGGAGUGCACUUGCCUGGGAAAUGGCCGUGGAGAGUGGAACUGCAUCGCCCACUCGCAGCUGCGAGACAACUGCGUUGUUGAUGGCUUGACCUACGAAGUCAACCAGCAGUUCUCAAAGCGCCACAACGAGGGCCACAUGAUGAACUGCACCUGCUUCGGACAGGGACGCGGCUACUGGAAGUGCGACGCCAUAGAUCAGUGCAGAGAUCAACAAAACAAUGUGGUCUACCAGAUUGGAGAACAGUGGGACAAAGUCAUCAGUGGAUAUCAUUACAGGUGCACUUGCUAUGGCAAAGGAAGAGGAGAAAUGGGAUGCGAACCCCUGCAGUCCUACCCAGGCGGCUCAAGACCCGUCCAGGUCCUCAUAACAGAAGCAGGAAACCAGCCAGACUCUCACCCCAUUCAGUGGAAUGUGCCACCGUCUACCCAUGUCACCCAGUACAUCCUCAAAUGGAGACUUAAAAACAGUCGCAACCCAUGGAGGGAGGUCACCAUUCCUGGCCACCUCAACUCCUACACCAUCAGUGGACUGCGUCCAGGUGUGACCUACGAGGGUCAGCUGGUCAGCAUUAUGCACUACGGGCAACGCGAGGUCACACGUUUCGAUUUUACAACCGCUUAUGGCUCCUUGGAGACAUGGGAAGGAGAGACGACGCCACCUCCGCCAAUUGUGGACAUGUCUGAGUCGAUAACAGAGAUCACCUCCAACAGCUUUGUGGUGUCGUGGACCUCGGCUUCUUCUACCAUCUCUGGCUUUAGGUUGGAGUACGAGCUCAUCGAGGAGGGAUCCUCACCAAAGUACCUGGAUGUUCCCCGCACCACCACGUCGGUCACCAUCAGCGAUCUUGAGCCUGGCCGCAGAUACAACGUCAGCGUGUACGAGAUGCCCGAGGGAGACGGACAUCCGAACCUCAUCCUGACCACCUCACAGACCACCGCUCCUGACACGCCCACUUUGCUUCCUGUGGAUGAGAUCACAGAAACCUCCAUCCGCAUCAGCUGGAGCAGACCUCAGGCUCCGAUCACUGGUUACCGCUUGGUUUACACUCCGUCAGAGGAAGGCAGCAGCACGGAGCUCAUCCUCCCGGACUCUGAGACUUCAGUGACCCUGGUGGACCUUAGCCCAGGUCUCCUCUACAACGUCAGUAUCUAUGCUGUGGAGGACAACCUGGAGAGUGAGCCUGUUUCUGUGCGGGUCAGCACGGCCGGCUCGCAAAGACGAGAACAGAUCCCGGCUCCGACCGACCUGCAGUUCUAUGAGGUUUCAGAUUCCAGGAUCAGCAUCACUUGGACGGGUCCUCCCACCGAGGUCACCGGCUACAGGGUGGUCUUCUCACCAAUGGGCCAGGACGGCACCGAGCUGCGGCCCCUUCAGCUGCCCGUUUCCCCCAACGCGUACGUCGAAAUCACCCAUCUGCAGCCCGGCGUGCUCUACCGCUUCUACAUCUACGCCGUCAGAGGGGAUUCUGAGAGCCAGCCGCUUGUUGGAGAAAAAUCCACCAAGCCUGACGCACCCACAAAUAUACGUUUCACUGACAUUGGACAUGACAGCGCACUGGUCAUCUGGGACGCUCCCCGCGCUGUUGUUACUGGUUUCCGCCUCCUCCUGAGCACCGAGGGCUCCAACCCCGUUGAGAGGAGAAUUCCCGGAGUGGUCACACAGUACCCAUUGAAGAAUUUGCGCCCAGACACACGGUACAUGGCGGAGUUACACUCUGUGCAGGACAACGUGCUGAGCGAGGGAACCACUGAAUAUUUCACUACUGCUCCUCGAAUGGGAAAUGCUCCUCCUUUCAGCACAGAGGUCACAGACACUUCCAUCAUUAUCAGCUGGAUACCUGUCCGCAGAUUCAGCUACAAGCUUUCUGUGCUCCCGAGUGAGGAAGGCGAAUCUCCUAGAGAAGAGACCUCGGACUCCGGGCGUAUUGACAUCAGUGGUCUGUUCCCAGGAACUCAGUACACCUACAGCGUUCAACCCAUAUUCAACGGCCGCAACCGUGGAAACCCCAUCACCCGCAACGUUGUCACCACUGUGUCUCCUCCAACUGACCUCAGAGUGGUGUCCAACCCGGACACGGGAGAUCUGACCGUCUACUGGAUAGCCUCCACAACACCAGGGAUCUCUGGCUACAGAGUGACAAGUACGCCAACCAGUGGCCACAGAGGGAACUUUUUGGAGGAGUUUGUGGCAGCGGAUCAAAACACAUGCCUUCUAGAAAACCUCAAUCUGGGGGUGGAGUACAACGUCAGCGUCUUCACUCUCAAGGGACCAGUGGAGAGCGUACCGAUAUCCACCGUUGUGACCCCAGAAAUCCCCGUCCCAACUCACGUUGACUUCGUCGACGUUACUGACACCACCAUUGGCCUGCGCUGGAUCCCUGUAAACUUUACCGCCAUCACUGCUUACCGCGUAACGGUAGUAACCUCAGGCGAGAGCAUGCCCAUCUUUCAAGAUAUGUUGGACGUGUCUGCUGGUUAUUACACGAUUCACGGCUUGGAGCCCGGCGUGGACUAUGACAUCACUAUCGUCACAGUUACAGAGGAGGGAGAGAGCAAGCCGACCACAUACACAAAACAAACAGAAGCUGCUGUACCAGCUCCAACUAACUUGCAGUUUGGAGGUGUGGGUCCGGACCACAUCCGGGUGACGUGGACCAUCCCCAACAUCGCCACGCCCAGUGAAAUUUCUCGUUUUGUAAUCCGCUACCACCCCGUGAACACGGACAACGAUGUAAAGGAAGUCAAUGUUGGUGGCGCCACUAACACCUUCCUGCUGCAGAACCUGCAGCCCAACACAGAGUACCGUAUCGGUGUUGUCUGCGUCUACGGUGAACGAGAAAGUGAACCUGCUACAGGGACUCAGAGAACAAUUCUGGACUCGCCGACUGACCUGCGUUUCACCGACAUCCGGACCAACUCCUUCACUGUUCAGUGGCAGGCUCCCAUAGCUCCUAUCACAGGCUACCGGUUUCGGUACCAGAAGACAAGUGGUGGGCGAGCCAAGGACGACAGGCUCCCCCCAUCCAAGAACCACUUCACUGUGACCGGACUGGAACCCGAGGCUGAAUACAUGAUAUACGUGUAUGCUGUCUAUGGCAAUGAGGAAAGUCAACCUCUAACUGGAACACAAGCCACCAUCUCUGAUGCACCCACUGAUCUUGAGGUAACAUCGUCCACACCUACCAGCAUCACCAUCCGCUGGGACGCCCCUUCUGUCGAAGUGAAGAACUACAGGAUCACCUACGGGGGCACAAGUGGCGAAUCUCCCCAAGAGUUUACAAUCCCAGGCUCUCAGACCACCGCCAUCAUCACCGGGCUGAGGCCCGGCACUGACUACACCAUCACGGUUUACGCCGUCACGGCACGAGGAGACAGCCCAGCCUCCAACAGACCUGUCUACAUAACACACAGGACAGAUACCGAACCCCCCACUGACAUGAGGGUCACCGAUGUGACCGACAACGGCAUUAAAGUGCGCUGGUCUCCGCCUCAGGGUCCAGUCAGAGGCUACAGAGUCACAGUUGCCCCCAAGAAUGGUUUGGGACCGUCCUACUCUGAAGUCGUGGCUCCCCAGACGACAGAAAAGUCUUUCGUAGGUCUGAUGCCCACAGUUGAGUACGUUGUCAGCGUUUUUGCCUUGGGCAGUGGUGGACAACCCUCUUCUCCUGUUGUGGAGAACGCUUUCACUGCCAUGGAUCAUCCCAAGGAUCUGAUCUUCUCCGACAUCGACUCCACCUCCAUGCGCAUCACGUGGGAAAGCCCCGAAGGCACGGUGACGUCUUACCGCGUUUUGUACUCAAGCUCAGAGGAGGGAGAGAGAGAACUUCGCCCGGCUCCCACAGGUGAUCAUGACAGCGCUGUGCUAAAAAAUCUCCGUCCUGGAACCGAGUACACAGUGAAGGUCAUCGCCUACAACGGCCGGACUCCCAGCACACCUCUAGUGGGAACCCAAGCAACAGUCAUCCCUCCACCGACCAACAUGAUGGUCUCUGAGGUUGGACCGUCUUUCUUCACGAUUACGUGGCAGGCUCCAAACGCCCGCCUGACCGGCUACCGUGUGGUCGUCACCCCGAAGAAUAUCAACAGCCCCCGCAAAGAAAUGAACGUUGCCCCAGAUACCACGCGUGUCGUUGUACCAGGGCUUAUGGUUGCAACAACAUAUCAGAUUCAGGUCUAUGCCUUGAAGAACUCUGUCACCAGCAGACCACUGGAAGGAGAGGCAACCACACUGGAAGAGGUCAGUUCUCCUCGCCGUGUGCGAAUCAUCGAUUCGAAGGAAACCUCUUUGACUUUGAGUUGGCGCUCCAAGGGGGAGACGAUCACUGGCUUCCUUCUUGAAGCUACGCCUAUGAGUGGAUCUCGUGACACCAUCAGAAGGACCAUCCCAGGAGACACAUACACCUACACUUUGACCGGUCUGCGGCCAGGAACCUCUUAUUCCAUUAACUUGUAUACUCUGAAUGGAAACACAAGGAGCGCUCCGUUCACUCUCCGGGGUGAUACAGUAAAACCUGUGGUCCAGGCUCCUACCGGCCUCCAGUUAACAUCCAUGACCCCCACAUCCAUUUCCUUCACCUGGCAGCCUCCUCCCACACAAAUCACCGGAUACUACAUCACCUACGAAGAGACUGGAAGAGCCCCACAGGAGCUCAUCCCACAACCCCACGCUGGCCAAAACUACGCCACCAUAACUCGUCUGAAACCAAACACAGACUACAUCAUCAAGAUCAUCGUCAUCCAGAGCGGACAGAGGAGCACACCUCUGGUGGGAAGGAUCAGAACUCAGUCAGACUCCCUGCGUCCCCAGCCUCUGCCGCCGCCGUACCGCCCCGGGGCCGGCGACCGGCUGGAUGUGCCCGAAACUGACUUAGACAACCAAGUCCAGUUUACAGGACCCAACCAGGAUGUAGUUGGGGGUCAAAGCCAGCAUGUGGAGUUCACAGAGUUUAACAAUGGAGGCAACCCGCAGUCACCCAGUGAGCAAGUCCGUGAGCCCCUGGUCUUUGUCCCUCUCCCCGAUGCAGAAGGCCGUAGACAGCCUGUUGUGAGGCUCAAAUUUCCCAUCAGAGCCUCGCUUUUUAAUCAGACAGGACUGCCACAGGAAGCCCAGACUCAAACCAGCAUCUCCUGGAAGCCCUACAGGCAGAGCAAUGCCUACUUCCUGUCCUGCAAUCCCCUCACAAGCAGAAAUGAGAAGAUGUUCACGGUCCGCCUGCCAGGCACAGCCACCACCGCCACCCUGAUAGGACUCACUCCUGGAGAAGACUAUAACGUGAUAGUGGAGGCGCUGCUGGGAGCGCUCAAACAGAAGAUUCUGGAGCAGAAGGUCACCGCCGGAAACACAAUAUCGAGCGGAGUCCCCUCCACCAACGAGCCAUGCUACGAUGCCUUCACUGCCACCUACCACGACGUCGGAGGCGAAUGGGAGCGCAUGUCCGAGACGGGCUUCAAGCUGUGGUGCCGGUGCCUGGGCGGCGGUCACUUUCGAUGCGAUUCGUCGAAGUGGUGCCACGACAACGGCGUGAACUACCGCAUCGGCGAGCAGUGGGAUCGCCAGGCCGAGAACGGACACCUCAUGAGCUGCACCUGCUUGGGGAACGGCAAAGGAGAAUUUAAGUGUGAACCACACGCGUCAGUGUGUUAUGAUGAAGGCAAAACCUACCAGGUGGGCAGCCAGUGGCAGAAGGAGUACCUGGGCUCUAUCUGCACCUGCACUUGCGAUGGAGGACAACAGGGAUGGCGGUGCGAGAACUGCCGCAGACCAGGCUCUGACGUCACCCUGUUGGAGUCUACUAGAUACGGAGAAAACACGCUUCGAAAAAACAUCCAUUGCCCCAUCGAGUGCCUGCGACCCGAGCUGCUGGCGGAUGGAAUCGCUCAUCAAAACGCUCAGGAGUAACUCCUCGUACUGUCACGUGACUCCCGCUUUCACCGCCUCAGUUGCUGCACUGUCCCACCUCGUCAGUGUGACUGCAUUAUCACUUUCCACGGCACACUCACGAAGCUUCCUGCCCUGCUGCCUGAUCUGUUCAGAUCUCUUUUGCAAGCCAGUCAGUUCACUGUUGAAGACACCUGCCUCAUGACUGAACUGAGGCCUCUAGUGACCCAUUACAGCUCCAUGUAAAUAAGGUUAUCAAGGCUACUUAUCCAGCUGGCAUUUGUUUUCCAUUUGACAUGUUUUGGAUCUACUCAUCAUAAAACAUUGUCACAAAGUAAGCACUGUUUAAGAAUUCAAGUAGUUAUUAGCGUUUUUAUCUGUCUACAGGGACCUGGUUCUUUCUGUAACCCUUCAAGUGUGAAGGGUCGCACUGUGUGAUUGACAAACUUUAGACAUCUUUUUUUUUUUUAAACCAGUUCAUCCCUUUAAUCACGGUAUUCGAAUGUUUGAGCUCGGCUUUGAGAAUGUGAACCGGUCUAUUUUUGUACUUUGUCAGCGCCAAUGUUGUGUUUGUCUUUGACAAAAGUCCCUUGUUUUAAUAAAGCUGGAGAGAUUCUAAAUUGUGAA